CAAUGUUCCAAUUUACAACCAUAUUUUUACUAUUAUUAUUGUUGUUGAAAAGGCCUAAUUCAAACGAAUCAAGAGUGAUAAACAGUGAAAGUGGAAACGUUCAAGAAAAUAGAGAUUACGUAGAAUUUGAAGAUCUAGUGCCUAUUCAUGAAAAUUAUAGGCCAAAACAUAAAUACAAAAUUGGUACCGGACACAAAAGGUUAACUAGGAGUUUUACAGAUGCAAAACAAUUACAUGAUCUUCAUUGUGCAGUAUUAUAUAAAAAUAAGGAACCAGCGGGAAUUCUUCAGCCAUUUGAAGAUGCUUACCGAUUUUUUCCCAUUAAAAGGGAGCCUACUUUAGUUGAAAUUCAACCCCUUCAAAUAAAAAGCCAAACACAAAAGACAAAUGAUAAGAGUGAACUAAAUAAAAGCCACACCAAUAAAAAACGUUCAAACACUGCCACAUUCUCAGAUGAAAAUUAUCCCUCCGUGUUUACUAAAUUUCAACUAAACAAUCGCUUGGAAAAAAUGAGAGUUCAAGAUUUAACGAAGAAGAAGUCAAUGUUUAAGAGAUUGAGUACUGAUAAUUCUUCCACUUCAGGUAAUGACACUUUUGGAAAUCAUAAGGUAGUAGAAAGAGGUUUACAAACUGUUUUAGAAGACAUGGGAUUAUUAAGUGAUACUUCAAAUGAAGCUGAAAACAAGGAAGAUGCUGAAGAUGAAAAUUUGGAACUUGGUACGAACAAAAUAAAUUUAAUAAAGGACAACAGGUCAGAAGACCGGGGUAGAAGACAACCUGAUAAUAUAGAUGAUACUAUAAAUGUAUUACUAAACGAUACUGAUAUAAGUGAAGCUUCUAAACUAAACGAUACCAAUGGAUUAGAGAGCGUUGGUAACAUAAAAUUCAAAAACACAAAAGCUUUUAAAAGAUCUAGUAACGAUGAAUUAGAUUGUACAAGUUCAAAUUUAAAAGUAAAUGAAUACGAAAAAAGAGUUGAAAGAGAAAUUCGUGACAAAAUAAAAAUGUUGCAAGAGGAAGUUAUUAAAGAGAUAGACAGUAUUAAAAGGAAAGAAGAAGAAGCUAAACGUAAAAAAAGACAAGUUAUCACUACGUUAUUAGAUGAAGAAUCUCAGGAUAUUGACCCUAACUACCAUAAUGAAGAUAGCAAUAUGAUUCAUGUUCGUAAGAAAAGAAGUGCGACCAAUUAUGAAAAAUCUGAUAUAGAAUCUUUUAAAAGAAUAACCCGCAAAGACGAGGAAGAAAUGUGCAGGACGGAUGGUUUAAAUAGAAGAAAAAGAGAUCUAGGCGAAUAUCAGUAUGAUGAUGAGGAUGAAUUAAAUGAAAAUGAAAGUUCCAACAUUGUUGAAGAAGUUGACCGUAGGAAUGACUUUACUAGUGACAUUUUUAACAAAGAUGGAUGCUUAUGUGAUAGAAAUACCAAAUAUUGCGAAUGUCCUAAUGAUUCCAGUAGAAAAUUAACCAACAUUGAUGAUGACUAUAAUAACGAUAAACAAGACAUGGAUUCAAAAACUAUAGUAAAGAAGUCUAUACUAAAACAAUGCACUUGUGAUAAGGAUGGCAAUAAUUGUAAAUGCGAUAACAGUGAACAGAAUUUUUCUUAUGAUGAGAACGAAGAUAAUGACGACAAAUAUGUAAAUAAGAAAUCAAUAAGUCCAUCAUGUACCUGCGACAAAAAUGGAAAAAACUGCAAAUGCUAUAACGAAAAUUCAAACCUUGUGUAUGAUGACAGUGAUAAUACUGAUGAAACUAAAUAUUUAAGUAAGAAAUCCGUAAAACAAUCAUGUACUUGCGAUAAAAACGGAAAGAAUUGUAAAUGCAAAAAUAACGUGGUAAAUACUAUACCAUCAAUUCAAGAUGAUUAUGAAAGUUAUUAUGAUUAUAAAGAGCCUUCGAACGAAGAAAAUGCCGGUUUUAAUGAUCAAGAUCUAACUAAUUUUAGUUCAAAUGAAGACGUAGCUGAAGGCAAUUAUAUUGACUACUCUAAUUCUGAAGAAAUUCAAAAAAGAGCAAUCAAGCCUAGAAAAUAUGUUAAUGAAAAACCUUUUCAAAAUGGAGAAUAUCUUGUAGACUUGGAACCAGAAAUGUAUAAGCUAGAACCCAUUGACACUUCAAGGACUAAACGUGAUAAUUUAAACGAUCUGCUAUCUGCAGAUGAAAAUGAUGUAGCGAGAAGACAAUUAUAUGCAAUUAGACAGAGAAGUAUGGUACCUCAUUCGAGAUCUCGAAGGCGAAUUUUUAAAGAAGAGAAUAACAAAAAACCGAGGGAAUUAAUCAAUAUGUCUCAUGAAGAUUUAUUUGGAGCACUUCCCCAGAGUUUUGAUGGAGAACUUUUAAGGUACAAAAGAGUCAGAAGGAGUAAAAAGAAAAAGUGAAUAUUAUACAUAUAUUAGAUUGGCUUUUGAUCUUUCACAUAUUUCAUCGCUGUGCAUAUGAGUUUGGUAUGAAGGAUAUCUAAUAGGAUCUAAACUCAGAUAUUAGAAUAUGAAACAGUUUUUCAUAAAAAUAUUACGUGAUGAACUAUUCUAAUAAUGUGCUAGACUGUACUAUAUACGAAAUUCUAUACUGAAU